AUGGCAACGUGCUUUUCCUUGGGCUGGGCGGGGGGGACGUUGAACAACCUGCUGACGGCCGGCUAUCCAAAUAUAAACGUCACCUCGGUCGACAUCAACCCCGUGAUGAAGGAGAUGGCCGUGCAACUUUUUGACAAUGUUGAGACCGAGAAAAACCAUAUUGUCAUCGUAGAUGGGGUGGAGUUUAUGAGGGCUGAGAUUGCGAGGGAAGCCCAUUACGACGCGAUUAUCGGUGAUGUAUGCUACAAUAAUGGCGAUAAGCCGAAUAUAUGCCCGAUCGAUUUGUUCCUGGACGAUAACGUUGCCGCGUUAUAUAAGCAGCUCUUGAAACCAACGGGUUUCCUGGCCCAUAAUGUCGUCGCACGAGGCGAGCUGACGUUCCAGGAUGAGAUUAUCACAAAUAUCCUCGCCCUGCACAAGCGUCAUUUCGGCGAGGAUAAUUGCGUCAUGUACAAAUGUCAUUCGAUUAGAAAUUUUGUGUUAAUGUGCCGGCCAAGCGGCAUGCCAUCCUCUGAAGACUUUCAACGGGUAGAGCGCGAAUUCGCCGCCAGAUUCGGGUACCAGAUUGUCGAGGAUCCGCUG